UUUUCUGUAAAUGCCAUCUGCACUUAUUCACGACUACAACUGUGAGGCAUGUAUGUGUUAGAUUUGAUAUUUUACAUAUCUGUACAUGCAAAGUUAGAGUGAGAGUACAGAAGAGUUUGAACACAUAAAUUUAAUGUUCAAGAGAUCAUUUAAAGUUUCAGGUGAUGUCUCUGAUGUAACAAACGAACGACGUCCAAUUCUGUCGGGUCACCAGAGUGAGGUCAUUCUUAAAAUCGAAGACAAUGCCACUGGCAACGAUGAUGAUGUCAGCGGAGUUGUCGCGGAGGAGAGUAGCAGCUUUCAGUUUUGUACAGACGCUGUGAAGGAUGAGAGUGAGGUUUCGCUAGGUGUGAAUUCGAAGGUUGGGAAGUUGGAACCGUUUCAGAGCGUUUCUGGACCUCCUAAAUGUGAAAUUGAGGUUAGAGAAUCGAAAGUGUCGUUUAAGGCUCAAAUCGAGGUGUCUUCUUCUGAUGAUGAUUUGGAUCCGGAUGAUGAUCUGGUAGAUGAUCGCCUGAGGAAUCGACUGUCAAAUGUGUCUCACAAGAAUGGGGCUAGUAAUAAAGGGGUGAAAGGGAAGAGUAUAUUGAGGACAAAGGGUAGGCUAGCUGACCAGCCUGUAUCGAGGAGGAGAUCGGGCCAGGGAAGCAAUGCAGGUCAGAGGAAGUCGGGGGAGGGUUCGGGUAAAGCAUCGGAGGAAGAUGAUGAUGAGGCUUUUAAUGAUGAUGAUGUGCCUCUCCAUCUCAAGAAAUUGAACUUUAACACCCUGGCGAAAAUAGAAUGUACUAGUCUUGUCUUGAUUGUCACGUUUUUGAUGUGUACUCUUGGGAUUUCAAAGUGGAAGAGGAAAAAGUAUCAUGGAUUGCAUAUAUGGAAAUGGGAAGUUUUGUUACUUGUGUUGAUUUGUGGUAGAUUGGUUUCUGACUGGGUGAUUAGAUUUGUUGUGUUCUGUAUUGAGAGAAAUUUUAUGUUGCGGAAACGUGUUGUGUAUUUUGUUUAUGCUUUAAGGAAAUCUGUUCAGAACUGUGUGUGGUUAAGUUUGGUUUUGGUAGCUUGGAAUGAAUUGUUUGACAAGAAGGUUAUGGUUGCACGUAACAGAUUCUUGCGGUUUGUGGACAGGUUUCUGUGGUGUUUGUUGGCGGCUACAUUGAUAUGGGUGGUGAAAACGUUAUUGAUUAAGGUUUUUGCUUCAUCUUUUCAUGUGAAAACGUUCUUUGAUCGGAUUCAAGAUACACUGUUUAAUCAAUAUGUGAUUGAAAUGUUAACGGGUCCUCCUAUGAUUGAGAUUCACGACAAAAUUGAGGAAGAAGGGAAUUUGAUGGUUGAGAUUUCAAAGUUUGAGGAUGCAGACACUGUUCUUCCUCCUGAUCUCAGGGCAGCAGCUUUCAGAACUGUAGCAUGUGGCGAGAAUGAGCUAGUGAAACAAUAUUCAGGUAUUACUCCUAAUAAGAAAGACGACGUAGGGGUUUUUAGUAAGAAACAGGAUGAGGACAAGUUUCUUGUUUCUCAAUUGCAUAAGCUGAAUCCUAAGAAUAUCUCUGCUUGGAAUAUGAAAAGGUUGAUAAAAUUAGUUCGUUAUAGGGCUCUUACUACUCUCGACGAGCAUUUACAGGGCGUGCCUACUAAUAUUCAAGACCCUUCUACUAAUCAGAUUUGUAGUGAAUACGAGGCUAAAGUUGCAGCCAGGAAGAUAUUUCAUAACGUAGCUAGAAGGAAGUCCAAGUCUAAAUACAUACAUAUGCAAGACUUGUUACGUUUCCUUGGAGAAAAUGAGGCUGAGAGGGCUAUGGAGAUUAUAGAAGGAAUUCCUGCAUCUAAUAAAAUUAGCAAAAGAGACCUCAGGAAUUGGGUGGUAAAUGCUUUCAGAGAACGAAAAGCACUUGCAUUUUCGCUAAAUGAUACAAAAACAGCGGUCAACAAACUGCAUAAUAUGGUGAAUGUGUUGGUCAGUAUCAUUAUUGUGAUUAUAGGCCUCGUGAUACUGGGAGUUACAUCACGCCAACUUCUAGUAGCCGUAAGCUCUCAGCUCGUUCUGGUGACAUUCAUAUUUGGAAACACGUGCAAGACAAUCUUCGAAGCUCUCAUCUUCUUAUUUGUGAUGCAUCCAUUUGAUGUGGGCGAUCGUUGUGAGAUUGGAGGAGUUCAGGUAUGA